GAUCAGGAUGCGUCAUGUGCCUGCGAACCACUGACAAUCCAGCAACGGGCGGCAUUUCCGAUACUACUUGUGUUCCCCGGGGUUGGACGACGUCUUAAUAUAUCCAGUCUUCAGACGACGAACUUUCAGCUUGCCAUCCCCUUCUGUCAUGCACCCCAAACCAAGCAAAGGCUGGAUAUCCAACAUGUUUCGCGCUGGCAAAACCCUUGACGUAAUUACCCUUUUCCACAAGCCAUCUAUCUCGGCGUCCGUCCGAGCUGCGAACAUUCUCAAGCAGGCUUCUGCUGCUGCUUCAGCUACAGCGACCGAAGACCAAGCCUCUGACCACACAGCACAAAAUAAACAUGCAGACCGAGACCCGUUCGAGCUGGAGAUCACAGAAAACCCGCCCACGGCAGAUCAGUUGAAGAGUAUCUUUGAUUACGUGGGUAGUGGCAAGGCCGCCCAACUUGUGGAAGGUGCCGCGAGCCAGAGUGACGCUCUACGCAAGCUGAAAGAGAAUGGCGAUGCCUUCAAACGGCCCGUGGUCGUCGAUUGGGUCAAUGCAAGAGCCGUGGUUGGAGACCAGGAGAGCGAGAUCUUGAAGUUGGUGAGGUCGAGUGCGAACAAGUAAUGCAUGACGGCGUUGGAAGAAUACAUUUUCCGGUGAGGUGCAGCUCGAGUACUGGGCAUGUUGUGGAUGAAGCAGGUGCAGAGCAGGAGGCUUUGAGCACUUGAUGGCUAUUGUUAUUAUCUCAAAUUGCAACAAAAGAUUCCCCAUCUCCACAUCAAACCGCCUUGCAGAGCAUAAACCUACGGAGUUGGUCUUUGUUAAAUUCUACGAACUGACCCAAUCGGAGCUCGUGCCUAGGUAUCCCUGCCGAUUUCAGCUAUCACGGCGUAUCACUUGCUUGAAAUCAGGAUCUUGGAGCGGUAUCUCAAGCUCUUGAACCCGUGAGAGUAAGGAGUGUAGUCCUCUCCAGCAAUGAGAUCUAUCAGAAAUCCUUGAAUAUGACAAAAAGAGAAAGACUCUAUGUCUCAG